AUGACCUUCGUCCCCAACUUUCCCCCUUCUCUUAUAAGAAAGAUAAAGGAUGAUGAUCAAGGGGAUGAUAAGAGAAAAACCAAGGAAGAAUAUAAGAAGAUGAAGGAGCUGGAAGAAGCUAGGAAGCUGGCAGUCAUGCCCGCCAUGAAAGAUGAAGAGGGACGGGAUAUCAACCCGCACAUUCCCCAAUAUAUCAUGCAGGCUCCUUGGUACUAUGGUUCAAUUCAGCCUACGCUCCAGCAUCAAAGAAUACAAGAUGAGCACAAGAGAGAAGAGGCUUCAGGAAAAAUGAGAGGUUCGAAUGCCUUAGGCGAAUGGUAUCAAAGAGGACCCCUUCAACAAAGUUCAAAACAAAAAAAAUUUGUUCCCGGGGCCUGUGAAAAUUGUGGUUCUUUGACACAUAAACGAAAAGAGUGUAUGGAAAGGCCACGCAAGAUUGGUGCUAAGUUUACAGGCGCAGAUAUUGCUUCUGCAGAUUUUCAGCAGUCAGAUCCUAACCUUGGGUUUGAGGCCAAGAGAGACAGAUGGAAUGGAUAUGACCCUUCUGAGCACACCUAUCUAAUGAAAGCAUAUCAAAGGCUUGAGGAAGCACGGAAACUGGUAAAGGCUAAAAAGCUUGAGGAAAAACUAGCUGCUGCGGCUAAGACAAAGGCGGAAGGCGAGGAGCCAGCAGCAUCUGCUGUUAAGCCUAGCCUCGAGGAUGAUGCAGAUCUAAAUGGAGAAGAUGACGAUGACAGAUAUGGUGACGAACUCGAUAUGCCUGGACAAAAAUUUGACAGUAAACAACGCCAGUCUAUUCGAAAUCUUCGCAUACGAGAGGAUACGGCCAAAUACUUAUUCAAUCUAGAUCCUAAUAGUGCAUAUUAUGAUCCAAAGACUAGGGCAAUGCGCGAGAAUCCUUUCGAGAAUACUGGCAAGCCAGAAAGUGAAGUACCCUUCGCAGGAGACAAUUUUGUUCGCUUGGAUGGAGAAACAUAUGAGAUGGUUCGAGGCCAAGUAUUUGCAUGGGAAAUGCAUGACAAACUUGGCCUGGAUGUUCACCUUCAAGUAAAUUUUACACUAUAUAGUUUUAGUACUAAUUUCAAUGAGAAAAUUUAUUUAGCAGAUCCAACACGUCUUGAAUUACUUAAAAGGCAAGUAUCUACAGCGAAAACUGAAGUUCAAUCCAUAGUUCGCCAGGAAAUUCUCGAUAGAUACGGUGGCUAUGAGCACCUUGAGCCUGUUCCUAAAGAGUUGCUCCUUGGUCAAUGGGAGACUUAUGCUGAAUAUUCGCCUACUGGGCGUAUCGUAAAAGGUGCUGAGAGGCCGACCGUAAAAUCGCGUUAUGAAGAAGACAUCUAUAUUAAUAACCACACACAUAAGGCAGUCCAUCCUUAUUUAUUUGUCACUCAUUGGUUUAAUUUUGUUAGUCAUGAUUUUGACUUUAUUCUGACUCCAGGUGACAACACGAAGCGUGCCUAA